AUGUCUAAGUGCCCUUCCUUUGUAGACCUGGACUCUCAGCCAGGAAGCACGCCGCACACGACAGCAGAGAAGCCAGCAGCCUUGGAAGAUGUGGGAGCUGAAUCCCCGGACCCACUUAGAAGGACCCUUUGCUUUGAUAGCGCCGUGUCCAGUGUGUCACCCGAGACCCGGGGCAAGACCCAGCCUACUACAACAGAAGCCGCAGCAGAGCCUCCAGCAGAAGCCCUAGCAGAGCCGUCAGCAGAAGCCACCGCAGAGCCAUCAAAGAAGUCAGCAGAAGCCCCCGCAGAGGCAUCAAAGGAAGCCCCAGCAGCGCCGUCUCCAGAAGCCACAGCAGAGCUGUCAGCAGAAGCCCCAGCAGAGUCAUCAGCAGAAGCCCCAGCAGAUCCUGCAGCCCCAGCAAUGAAGGCCGUUGACCAUGUACCGUGCCGAGAUGUGGAGCCUGACUCAGUGCUCGACUACAAGGGGGCCCCAGAAAGAACUGCCCAGUUCAUCAAGAAGCACGUGGAGGGCGAGGAGGAUCAGGAUGACGAGGAGGAUGCAGCUGAAACGUCGAAACCACAGCGAGGUCGUGGUAGAGGUGGCAAAGGCAGGGGCAGAGGUGGAAAAGGCCGGGGAAAGGCCCCUGCCAGCAACAGCAAAAACAAGAAGGGCAAGGGCAAGGGCAAGGGUAAGAAGCCAAAUAAGAAGGAGCCUGCAGAGCCACUUGUAACUCCAGCAAAAAAAACAAAGGAGGCAGAUCCUGAAAGCGGAGCAAAGCCGAGCCCGAAGCGAGGCAGGGCCCCAUCCAGUGCAGCCAAAGCAGCAGCCAAGAAAUCGAAGGUGGAGCCGGAGCCAGCCGAAGCGCCGCUGGAGCCAGCAGCAAAGCCUAAGCAGACUCCCAAAGCAAAGGCUUCCCCAAAGAAAGCAGCUGUUGCGAAGCCUGCCACCGCCAAACCUAAAGCAAAGGGUAAGGCAAAGGCUCAGGAUGCGAGUGCAGAUGGUGAUUCUGCUGAGGGUGGCAAGGCUACCUUCGCUUCGAGGAACAAGCCUAAAGGUGGCAAGGCCCUCCUGCACUGGACGGCCAUCCGGGAUGCUUUCAACGACCACGUCCGAGAUACGAUUCUUACUCCGGGCAAACGGGAGGAUCCUUUCUGGGCCAUGGUCAAGCCGAAGCUUGCAGAGAAGCCGGGUGAGACCUACGAGGUAUACUUUGCCAUGGCUCUGGAUUGUGUCGACCAGUUUCGGGCGAGCCUAGAGCAAGAGGGCUGA